CUGAGGAGACUGACCAGAGCCUCUGAUCAGACAGACAUGGAGGUGGAGGAGCAGGUGGAGAGGCUGCUGAGCGGUCAGGGGUCAGAGGUCACGGGCUGUGACGUGGGCCUGGAGCAGAGCAAACCGGCGUCUCUGAGGAAGACCGUCACCUACAUUGUCGGUGGCGUCAUCUUCAACGAGAAGGAGGAGGUGCUGAUGGUGCAGGAGGCGAAGCAGGAAUGUUAUAAACUGUGGUACCUGCCAGCAGGGAGGGUGGAGGUGGGGGAGAGCCUGGUGGAAGCUCUGAGGAGGGAGGUGAAGGAGGAGGCGGGGUUUGACUGCGAGCCGAUCACCUUGCUGCUGAUCCAGGAGCAGGGACCUCAGUGGAUCCGCUUCAUCUUCCUCGCCAGAGUCACAGGCGGGAGUCUAAAGAGUCUGUCGGCUGCAGACCAGGAGUCUCUUCAGGCGUCCUGGUGGGACAGACGGUCCGUCCUCCCUCUGAGAGGACGGGACAUCCUCCCUCUCAUCGACUGUGGACUCAAGUACCGUCAGGGUCCCUGGCAUCCCGUCACGUUACCUGUGGACCUGAGCUGCCGUCACGUGGUGCAGAGACUCGUCCUGGUCUUCACCAACGCUGAGGACCAGAUCUGGGUUCUGCUCAUCAAAGUCCCGGUGCUCCACCUCCCCACGGCGGCGGCGGUGAAGACCCACGCGGUGACGUGGGCGGCCAACAUGGUGGUGCAGGAGGCCAUGCCGUCGUCGUACUACGACCACGACGUCAACACGCUGGGCGUCUUCAGCCUGCAGCACAACGGCCGGCAGCACGGGAAGACGGACGGCGUCUGCUUCAACACGCUGGUGGCGCUGGUGCCCGACCACGUCCAACGCAACGAGGACGGGGAGAAGGUGGAGAGGACGGAGACGGGGCUGCCUCCGCCGGUGGAAAACCCUCGAUACGUCUGGCACCAAGUCCAGAAACAAACUCUGAGAGAGAAACUGCUGGAGAAGACCAAGAACACCUCCAUCCUACCCGUCCACAGCCUGUACUGACCACGAGAGGACUCUUAUUGUGAAAGGAACACGCCAGCUGAUUGCUUUCAAGGGACAGUUCAGAUGUUUAGAAGUGUGGUUUUAUGAAGUACUUCUUUAUAGUCAGUACAGAACCUACAGUAGAUAGAAACAGACAGGAACACCAGCCACCAGACUACAUUCACAAAAACAGUCAUUUAACCUCUCAGUCCACUGAUUCCUCCAUCUGUUAGUUUGUUUGUGUUAUUGUGUGACUUUGGUGUUUUAAAGGGUUAAUUAAGCUUCAGCAAAGUCACACAAUAACACAAA